AUGGACACCGGUGAUGUACAAGUACAACAUCAACCGUUCACUCAAGACCCAAUAAGACAAUCUUGGAGCAAUAAUAAUUCAAAUAGUAAACAAGUAAAACAACGUAAAGAAAGUAGUGAUAAUAGUAAUAGCAUUGUUAAUAGCAAUUACAACAAUAUUAAUGGUAAUAAAAACAAGAAUGGUAAAAAUUUAAAUUUAAUAAAUGUUGAGUAUUCUCAAAAUUCAACAAAGUCUUCUAUCACUACUCCAAAAAUUUCUCAAAAUUUUAUUGCUCAGCCAAAAUCUGUCGCUUUUAUUAAUAAAAAUAGUUCACAACUAAACUCAUCAAAAUCUUCUCCAUUACCAUCAUAUAAUAAUAAUAAUAAUUUAUCAAAAAGUCCUCCUAAAAGUAACAAAAAUAUUAUUACUACUGUACAACAAAAAACAACAAACUACAAUAGAUCUAUUCCAAAACCACUUAAUUUAUCAAAAACGACCCAAUUUCAAAAUUUAGCAAGAGCACCACAGACUGCUACUUUUCCACAAAAAAUAAAUAGAAGUUAUAACCUUCUAAAUCCUCCUAAAACUGCCACUUUUCCAAAACAUUCUAAUGGAUUUCCAAAAGAUAUCAGACAACCCACUUUAAGGCUUCCUACUACUUCUCCCUCAACAACAAAUAAUUCUCAACAUGCUUACACUCUAAUGUGUAAUGAGCAAAAUUUAAAUGCUUUGGAGCUAACAAGAAAUAUAAACUAUAAUUCUAACUCAAUACCUGUUAGAUUCACUACAGCUAAUUGUCAUCAAGUUGAACCAAGUCCUGGUACAUCUGUAGUUGUGCUAAAUCAUCCUGAUGAUUCAGAUUCACAAGGAUCAUCACCACCAACACCAAGAUUUUUAUCUUCUGAAAAUUCUUCUGAUUCAACUGAUAUUUAUGAUUUCCAGCUACAAAAGAUGAAAGACGUAAAAGAUGCAAUUCUUCCUAUUCGUCAACCCAAAGGGCCUGAAAUGUCAAAAAAUUUUGCUACUAGAAUUCGUCGUAAAGCUGUUAGCAAGCUUCAUGCAGCAGCAGCUAACAGAAGGAGAAAGUCCGCAGCUGAUAGGAGAAAAUCUGCGAUGUUUUAA